AUGCACAGCGUUGCUGGUAACUGCUUGGCUGGUGGUGGCUGCGCAGCUGGUCUCUGCUGCUCCGCAUACGGCUAUUGUGGUACAGGCGCUGAAUACUGUGGUGCAGCAACUGGUGGUUGUCGAACUUAUGGCUGUCCAGCAGGACAAUGCUGUUCGCAAUAUGGCUACUGUGGCGUUACUGCAGAACACUGUGGGGGAGGCGGUGGUGGCUAUGUUGGCGGUGGUGGUGGUGGUGGCUAUGUUGGCGGUGGUGGUGGUGGUGGUUAUGUUGGCGGUGGUGGCAGUGGUCUAUGUGGCGGUACGGGUUGUCCAGCUGGAUCAUGUUGUUCCUCAUAUGGAUUGUAG